AUGGCAGAAGACAUUCGACAGGUCCUCGUGCAGCUCCAGGCGCAACAAGUCGAGGCGUCGCGACAGCUCUCCGCCAUCCGCGCCCAGCUGAACGCCCGCGAGCGUGAGAAGAAGCUCACGACGUUGACGCUGCGCGAGAUCGAGCAGCUACCGCGCGACCCGUCGCAGACGCAGGUCUACCGCGGUGUGGGGAGGAUGUUCGUGCAGGAGUCGAGGAACAACAUCGAGAAUACGCUGAGGGCCAAGAUGAAGGAGUCGACAGAGGAGGUGUCGGUUCUCGAGAAGCGGGCAAAGUACCUGGAAGGCGAGAUCACCACCGCCCAGAACUCUCUCCGCGACAUCCUUCAAGAACAAGCCGCACGACGAUGA